CUAAGCUUUUAUUAUUUUUUGGUCUUCACAUUUAAUUUCAGACAGCGUUUAUAUCAAGGCAGAGUAUAUAUUAACUAUUGCAGUAUUUUGUCAUUUGACAGGUGUAAGGACAUAGAACACACGAGGCAAAGAAGGACCUGACCAGACCCGUGCUACUCGUCAUAAGUCCUAUCACUGGGGCACUGAAGAGGAGGGGACAUGAAGAGAGCUAAAGGGAAGGUAAAUGUCUCUGAAAAGGACUUUGUGUUCGAGUUCAAGGCGGGAAGGCAGCAGUGUGUCCUGAAGAUUCCCCUCCAGUUUCCUAUGCAGGACAAUAUCAAUGACCUCUUCGGGAGAUUCAUCCUACUACACAGGAUCCCUUGCUUUGUAGAAAAUGACUUGAAAACUUCUCUUUCCAACUUCAUUGAGAAAGAAACCAACGAUAAUUAUGACAGGAUUUCUGAGCAAGCGCUACAGAGCUUGAUGAACGGUGAAGUGGAUGUUGGAGAGCUCACAAAUGUAUGGGCAAAGGCCUACUGCGAGACCACGCUGGAGCAUUCGAAUCCCGAAGAGCCAAGUUGGGACGAGGACUUUGCUGACGUGUACCAUGAGCUGAUCCACUCGCCGGCCUCCGACACACUCCUCAACCUGGAGCACAGCUACUACCUCAACAUCUCCGAACUCAUUGGGGAGAGGGACAUGGAGCUCAAGAAGCUACAGGAGAGACAAGCAGCGGAAAUGGACACUGUGAUGCAGGAACUGGGAAAGACAUACACUGACCAUGACGUCAACGCUGUGGCCUCUCAACAUUUUGACGCUCAGCAGGUACUGGAGAGUAAAUGGGCUACAGAGCUGAAACAGGUCACAGGCAUUCAGAAACAGGAGUACCAGGAGUGGGUCAUCAAGCUGCAUCGAGAUCUCAAGAACCCCAACAACAGCACCAUCAAUGAGGAGAUCAAAGUGCAGACGAGUCAGCUGUCGGAGGCCCCUGAAUCCAGCUCCUGCCACUAUGAGGAGCAGAGGCAGCUGGAGGAGAGCUUCACCAUCCACUUGGGGGCCCAGCUGAAGACCAUGCAUAACUUGCGCCUGGUGCGCGGCGACGUUCUGGAACUCUGCAAGCAUCGUCGCCAUGGCAGCAGUGGAGUGAAGCUUCGGCGGCUGCAGACGGCCCUGUCACUCUACUCCUCCUCACUGUGCGGCCUGGUUCUGCUGGUGGACAACAGGGUCAACUCCUACAGCGGCAUCAAGAGAGACUUUGCCACUGCGUCGAUGGAGUGUACAGACUUCCAUUUUCCUCGCAUGGAAGAGCAGUUGGACAUUGUGCAGCAAGUGGUGUUGUAUGCUCGGGCACAACAGAACAUCAAACAGAGAGAACAGCCAGAGCAGUCACGGUCAAGUGGAGCAGAGGAUAAGAACAAAGCGGUUGACAGAAAUCCUGCCAAUAUCGUGCCAGGUGAGUUCUACAUCACACGCCACUCCAACCUGUCGGAGGUGCACGUGGUGUUCCACCUGUGCGUGGAUGACAAUGUCCGCUCUGGCAACAUCACGGCGCGCGACCCCGCCAUCAUGGGCCUGCGCAACAUCCUCAAGGUCUGCUGCACGCACGACAUCACCACCAUCACCAUUCCUCUCCUACUGGUGCACGACAUGUCAGAGGAGAUGACCAUUCCCUGGUGUUUGAAACGAGCUGAAUUGGUUUUCAAGUGUGUCAAAGGCUUCAUGAUGGAGAUGGCUUCUUGGGACGGUGGCAUCUCUAGAACCGUGCAGUUCAUUGUUCCACAGAGUAUCUCAGAGGAGAUGUUCUAUCAGCUCAGCAACAUGCUGCCACAGAUCUUCCGCGUGUCUUCCACCCUAACGCUCACUUCCAAGCGUUGAUGAAGGCAAAUGUGGUGCACUGGACUCGACAGCUCCAAUCCCUCAUAAUAUGUGAAAGGGGUUUCCAUUGGUCAGCAUGGUUACGUUACGUAGCUCACCACAGCACUCUCUGACUGAACACUAUGUACAUAAUUGUGUUAAAUUUUGUCACCAGCUGCACGCAGGUUGUUAGAGUGAGUGGCACAACAUCAAACCUCCUCACCAUCAGCACCGGCUCACCUCAAGGUUGUGUGUUAAGCUCCCUACUCUACAACAUUUACACCCAUGAUGACUGCAGAGCCAGCAGCAGUCAGAAUUCCAUCAUCAAGUUUGCUGACGACUGAUCAAUAACAACGAUGAACAGACAUACAUAAAUGAAGUUGAUAACAUCUCACAGUGGUGCCAGGACAACAACUUGCAGUACACGUCAGUAAGACUAAGGAAAUGGUGAUGGACUUUCGGAAAAAGAGGGGAAACUACACUCCACUUUCCAUCUGUAAACAACCUGUUGAGAGGGUAGAGAACUUUAAAUACCUUGGCGUUCAUAUCACAAAUUACUUAACAUGGACAAAACAACACACACCAUGUCAUAAAGAAAUCCAGGCAGAGACUGCUUUUUGCGCCUGUUAAGAAAGUUCAAAGUUUCCACACCCAUCCUAAAAGCCUUUUUACUCCUCAGCGGUGGAGAGCAUCUUGACAGGGUCCAUCAUCACCUGGUACGCAAAUGCCACAGUGCGUGAACAGAAAGAACUACAAAGGAUAGUGCGCUCUGACGAGCGUUGUAUUGGUCAACCUCUGCCAGCCGUGAAAGUCAUCUAUACUAGGAGAGUAUUAUCUAGGGCCCAUAAAAUUCUCAAAGACCAAUCACACCCAGGAUAUGGACUAUUAAAAAAAUUGAGAUCUGGAAGGCGACUGUGCUGUCAUAGAGCUAGAACUGAGAGACUGAGAAGGAGCUUCUUUCCUCAUGCUAUUUGCUUACUUAAUUCCUCCUAAUUAAUUUGAUUGAACACACACACACACACACACACACACACACACACACACACACACACACACACACACACACACAGCUACCUUUCUUCUGCACACUUGUUUUGUACCGGCCAUGCAUUUCAAUACAAGUGACAUGAACAUGUAUCUAUGUAUAUGACAAAUAAAUAUCCUUGA